AUGGCCGGGUGUAGGGUUGGCAGCGCUCGCUGGGUUUGGAUAGUCCUCGUGUCUCUUUUUGGGCUGUUGGAGCUGAUCUUCAGCCAGCUCAGUGACUCCCUCACCCUGCUCCUCGACUCCUUCCACAGUCUCUCGGUGCUGCUGGCCCUGGCGAUGCCUGUCCUGGCAGAAUGGCUGAGCCGCCGGCCCAUCCCCAGCUCGCACACCUUCGGCUGGGAGAGGCUGGCGCCGGUGGGCACCCUGUUGGCCGACGUGCUGUCGCUCUCGCUCUGCUGCUCGGUGAGUGUAGCUGCCAUGGCCCGUUUCCUGAGCCCUCACCCUUUACACAGGUCCUCCCUGCCCAUCGCUGUGGGGGCUGGUGGGAUCUUCCUCAAUCUGGGAGUCCGCCUGUGGCUCCGAUCGACCGGAAGCGGCCCAAGUCCGGAUUCCACACAGGGUCAGCUGGACACCACUGGAGGAUGCCAACAUCCCAAAGUCAAGGGUGCUGAUUUCACCGGAUGGGGGAGCGAUUUGGCAGCGGCCAGAAGCCCAGGAGGCCGGGGUGCCCACGGCAAGAGGGUUUCGGCAACCGGCUGCUGGGAGAUCCUCACCUGCUUCGUUAGCAUCGCUCAGUCGGUGUUGAGCUCGGCGGUGGCUCUUGUUGUUGGGUUCCUUCACCGCUUCCCGGCAGUGCCGCCUGGUCGCUGGCACAGGGGCUGCUUACCCUACCUGGAUCCCGGGCUCUCGCUGCUCACGGCGCUGGCGCUGGUGUCGGCCGCGGCCCCUCGGCUGAAGGGGUCUGUCCUGCUCCUGCUCGAGUGCGUCCCGGGCGAGGUGGACUUGCGGAGGUUGACCCACCGGCUGGCGGACGUGAAGGGGGUUUUCGCGGUCCACGAGCUCCACGUUUGGCGCCUCUCGGCGCGCCGGGUGCUGGCCAGCGCCCACGUGCAGUGCCGCAGCCUCAGCAGCCUCACCCGGGUGGAUGAGGAUCUGAGGCGGGUGUUCGGCAGUGAGGGGAUUCACUCAGUCACCGUGCAGCUGGAGCUGAUCAGCCCAACCGACAGGGGCGUCUGCCAACUGGUCUGCGGCCCACCCUGCGCUAAGAAGCUGUGCUGCGAUUGGCCAGGGGGAGCGGAGGACGUGGCAAACUUUGCUGGAGACCAGUGGCUGGGAGAUUGACUGCAAUCCACUGUCAAACUAUCUCAUCAUAGAAUAGAACACAUCGCCACAAUAACACGGCAUCAUCUGUAGGAGACUGUUUGUGUGUGAGAGAGAGUGUGUGUGUGUGUGAGCGUGUGUGUGUGUGUGUGUGUGUGUGUUUUGUGUCUGUAUGUGUGUCUGUAUGUUUUUGUAUAUGUUCAUGUUAGGAGUGUGUGUCUGUGCACGCAGGAGUGUGCUUCUGUGUAUUUGUGCAUGUUUAUAUUUGUGGGAGUGUACAUGAUUAUGUGUAUAUGCUCAUGUAUGUAUUUGUGGGAGUGUACAUGAUUAUGUGUAUAUGCUCAUGUAUGUAUUUGUGGGAGUGUACAUGAUUAUGUGUAUAUGCUCAUGUAUGUGUUUGUGGGAGUGUACAUGAUUGUGUGUAUUUGCGCAUGUUUGUAUUUGUGGGAGUGUAGAUGAUUAUGUGUAUUUGCUCAUGUAUGUAUUUGUGGGAGUAUACAUGAUUAUAUGUAUUUGCGCAUGUUUGUAUUUGUGGGAAUGUAGAUGAUUAUGUGUAUUUGCGCAUGUUUGUAUUUGUGGGAGUGUACAUGAUUAUGCGUGUUUGCUCAUGUUUGUAUUUGUGGGAGUGUACAUGAUUAUGUGUAUUUGCGCAUGUUUGUAUUUGUGGGAGUGUACAUGGUUAUGUGUACUUGCACAUGUUUGUAUUUGUGGGAUGUGUACAUGGUUACGCGUGUUUGCUCAUGUUUGUAUUUGUGGGAGUGUACAUGGUUACGCGUGUUUGCUCAUGUUUGUAUUUGUGGGAAUGUGCAUGAGGAACAGUGACAUCCCCUUUAAAACUCGUCCUGUGACCUAGCAUCCUGUUGUACCUCCUUGAACACCUAAUUUUAACCGUGUGUAAGAGAAUGGGUUUCGAGUGAGUUAAAGUCAGGCUCAAGUAUCUCCUUCUCAGCCUUUUUAUUAUCUUUUAGUAUUUAUCUUGCUCUUUCUGUCCAUGUCAGGCUUUGUGAUAUUUCCACUGCAUUAAAAAUGCCAGAGAGAGGAUGAUAGACUCGAAUUUAAACAGACCUGAGAUGAAAACCCUUCACAACCAACGAGGUGUCGUCACUGUUAUAAUGUUGGACAUGCGGCAGACAAUUUGUGCACAGUAACCUCCCACAAGCAGCAAAAUGAGCAGAUUGUCUGUUUUUGUGAUAUUGGAUGAGGGGUAAAUAUUGGCCAGGACACUGGGGAGGGCUCCCUUGCGCUUUUUCGAGAUGCAUCGAAGAGGGUGGGCAGGACCCUUUGCGUUUCAUGUCUCACCAAAAAGGGCAGCACCUCCAACAGUGCAGCCUUCCCUGGCCCAUCAGCUGGGAUUUUGUGCUGAGGUUUCUGAGGCAGGACUUCAACAAACCACAGCCCUCUGACUCAGAGAUGAGAGUGUCUGAACCACAGCCAAGACCUUCAAAGUCAAGAAGUUCCCUCCAGUUUCACAGCUUUAUUCCUGGCUUCCUCAUUUUUAACCCGAACAUUUGCAUCUUUUACCAGAGUGACUACCCACCUGCCCACCUCACCCCCACACCCAGCCCUCCCUCUCCGGGCGCUGAUUCUCUGCCCCCCCGCUGAUGUGCACACAAUUCAGAGUCCGCAGUCUCCCCGACCAUAUAAGCGGAACGUUCCAGAACUCACUGUGACAGGAGUAAACACCAGGGAAUCAAUGCCACCCUGAAUCAGCUUAGUCGUGGAUCACUUGGUUACUCUCUUGCUUCUGAAUCAUCCAGGUUCUGGGUUCAAGUCCCACUCCAAGACAUCGAGAUCAUCUGAAUAAGGAGCAGGAGUAGACUCACCUCAGGACAUUGAAGGUUUCAAUAAAGUCGCCUCUUACUCUUCUAAACUCCAGUGGAUACAAACCUAACCUGUCCAACCUUUCCU